CAACAUCAACAACAACAUCAACAACAACAACAGGGUGGUGGCGAGAAGGUCUGCCGCAGGCGAGUUCGCUUCGACGCAGGGGCCGAAUUCCUGGCGGCUGUGGCCGCUGGAGACUCUGAGGACGUGAAGGAGUUGCUGAUGUUGGCAAGAGGUGAUGGUGAUGGAGGUGGUGGUGGUGGUGGUGCUGAUGUCAACCACGCCAAUGCCGACGGGCUCACGGCUCUUCACCAGACGUGUAUAGACGAGAAUGAGUCCAUGGUUUCUCUACUGCUGGAUAGCGGCGCCGAUGUCAACCUGGCCGACAAUGAGGGCUGGACGGCGUUGCACAUCGCUGCUUCCUGCGGCAGCCUGCCCAUCGCACAGCUGCUGCUUGUCCACGGGGCUGACCUGGCGGCUGUGAACUCCGAGGGGAAGAUCCCCGCGGACCUGGCGGAGAGCGGCGACGCCGUGGGCGGCCUCCUGCGGCGCGAGAUCCAGAGGCGGGGAGUGGACGUGGAGUCUUCCCGCCAGGCGGAGGAGCAAGCCAUCGUGCGUGAUGCACACCAGUGGCUCCGUAGCGGCGUCGUCCGGGACGUGCCAGACCCUCACUCGGGAGGGACGGCCCUGCACGUGGCCGCCGCCAAGGGCUACACAGCCGCUCUGCGGCUGCUGCUGCAGGCCGGCUAUGACCCCAACGUCGCCGACUAUGAGGGGUGGACUCCACUCCAUGCUGCGUGUCACUGGGGCAGGGAGGACACAUCCAGCGUGCUUGUGGAGAGCCUCUGUGACAUGGAGGCUCGGAACCACCUGGGCCAGACGGCAUUUGACGUGAGCGAUGAAGACUUCUGCAAGUUCCUGGAGGAGCUCCACAAGAAGCAGAGAGAGAUGCACAGCGAGAUGGAGCGUGAAGGCCUUGCCAAGGGGGCCAUGAUGGAGCAGGUUCACCCACCCCAGGCCCGGCCGCACAGGAGCUCCGUCUCGCACAGCCGUGAGCGGUCUCUGUCGGCGGCUCACGACCGCUCACAGGAGCGGCAAGUCCUCCGGCAGAUCUCGCACGAGGAGGAGGAGGAGCAGGAGGAGGAGGAGGAGGAGGAGGAGGUCGUGAUGGUGGUGGUGGAGGAGGAGGGGGAUAGGAGACGUCGCCAUCGGCACGGAGGAGAGGGCGACGGGGUUGAGAGCAGCUCAUCCAGCUCCGAGGAGGAGGAUGAGGAGGAUGAUGAGGAGGAGGAUGAGGAGGAGGAUGAGGAUGAGGAGGACAGCGAGUCGGACGACAAGCGAUGGGGCGACGACGCGGCCACGAAGCCGGCCCUCCUGGCCGGUCUGCCCGCCCAGGGCCUGCUGGAAUACACGCCACACCGGGACCUCGCUCGCACCGUGCCGACGGUGCCGGGAGGCGGAGCGCCGGAGCAGCGAGGGCUCCGCAAGUCGUCCUCCACACGCUCGCUCGGCACCAGCGCGUGGCACGGCCCCGGGAGGGCGACCGAGUCUGCGUGCGACACGCGCCUCUACCGCCUCAGCCGCCCCAGCCCCUCCGCGUCACCGCCCAUGCCAGCCUCCAGCCACGUGCACUCGGACGUCGAGGCGGUGGAGAGCCGGGACCUGCUCGCUGCUGCUGCUGCUGCUCCAGCGUUGUCUCGGAGCAGUUCCUACAGCCUGCACGGCCCUGCCCAGCAGCACCAUCAUCAGCAUCAUCAUCAUCAUCAGCAGCAUCAGCAUCAGCAGCCCUCCCCCACGGGCCCACGGCCGUGGACACCGCAGGGCGGGGAGGGAGCGGGAGAAGCGUAUCUCAGCACCACCACCACCACCACCACCGCCACCACCACCACCACCACCACCGCCAUCACCUACCAGCGCAGCGACUCGUACCUGCAGGCAGUGGGGCGGAGUCACAGCUCGCGCAGCCUGGGGCCACGCCCACCCUCCUCGGAGGGGGGCGGGGCGGGAGGGCUAGGAGAGGGGCCACGCCCACCCUCGCUGGGGGGCGGGGCGGAAGGGGAGGGGCUAGGGGGUGAGCCACGCCCACCCACGCUGGGGGGCGGGGCCUACGGGGGGGUGUCGGUGUCCGGACUCCUGCGGUCCUCAACGCUGAGUCACGUGGGCAGUUUGCUGGGCAGGCGGAGGGAUGAGAAUCCCUCAUCAGCCACCACCACCUCGUCCACCUCAUCCUCCUCGUCGCCCUCCGCUCGUCCGCUUGGCCUGUCGCGAUCCUUCACUGGGCUAGCAAGUUUCCACCGUCUCAUCCGUGAGGACGAUGUCUCGCGCGACCUCCCCCCCCUCCUCCUCCAUCCCGACUUCUCCGCCCCUGACACCGCUACGGCCACAGCAUCAACAACAACAACAACAACAUCAACAACAACAUCAACCACAACAUCAACCACAACAUCAACAACAACAUCAACAACAACAUCCACCGUCACCACCAACGCUGGUGGUGGAGGGAGCGGCGGUGAUGGCCAGGGCAUCAUCUCGACCAACGGUGACCCACGGAACAGACGCAGGUCGUACCUGACCCCCGUUCGCGAUGAGGAGUCGGAGUCCCAGCGCAAGGCACGCUCCCGGCAGGCACGGCAGAACCGCCGCUCCACUCAGGGAGUGACGCUCACGGAGCUCCACGAGGCCGAGCGGGCGCUGGACGGCAGGGAUGGGAGGAGGUCGCGGGACGACGUGGAUGAAGCGCACCAUCAGCAGCAUCAUCAGCAUCAUCAUCAGCAGGAGAGGGACAGUGCAGAGGCGUUCACGGGGGUCGUGUCGGCCACGCUGCUCCCGCAGACGGGGAGACAGCAGCACGGAGAGGGAGUGAAUCAAGUUCCUGGCAACUCCAAUGAUACUCAGAUUCCUCACGGCAAUGGUGAUGAUGUGGGCGAGAGGGAUCCAUCCAACUCCAGUUGUAACAGGAAUCAUAAUAAUGUAAGUGAUCAUCAUCAUCAUCAUUAUUAUUAUUUGUAGUCGUAGUUUUCUUUGAGCAAGGCAGCUGCUGGGGCGGGGAAUUUUUU